AUGUGGUUGUCUUCUCAUUCUACUUGUCCUAUCUGUCGAUCCUCUGUUCUCGCCGCCUCUGAUCAAGACAACCUCAAGCCGGCCGUUAAUGGCGUGGUAGAAGAAGCAGAGGUUAGAUUGCAAUUGUUUCCAGACGGGGAAGAUGAGAACGUCGCCGCCGGUGAUCGGAGAUUUUCACUGUCUCUUGCUGUGAUGGAAGAUAAUUUCAAAACAGGGGUUGACGACGGCGACGGUGACGGUAACCAUGACGUCGCAGAAGAAGGAGAGGUUAGAAUUGAAGUGUUUGAUGAGGAGGAGAUCAACGGCGGAGGAUCAAGAGGUGAUAGGAGAUCAACGUCGUCAACGGCGUCAUCGGCAUCGAGUUCGUUGAAGAGGAUGCUGAGUAGUAAAAGUAGAUCGGAGUGUAGCAAGGUGUUCCCGUCGUCGACGCAAGAUUCGUCUUCGUAA